GAAUUCACCGGAGCUCUGCAGCGACCGUCUCCAGGUCCCCGGGACUGCCAGGACAUCCAGCCAAGGAUUGAUAAAGGAAAAUGGAAGGCGAUUGUGACCAGCGGGAAGGGCGAACUUCGUGGCAUCACCAGCCCUGUUUGCGCUGCGGGGAAAAUGCUUUCAAAUUUGUGGUUGCAGGAUUUGCUUUGCUUUCUGGUAUGUGCAUAGUGCUGAGCACCCAACGUGCCCAACCAACCCAUCAGCACCUCAGACAAAAAGUCAGUCAUUCCCACUUAGAAAGGCACCCUGACACAUGGGCCGCAGCCCAGCACAGGGUUAGGAGGUACACAAAAAUUGGGACCGAUUGGCCCUGGUCUCAAGCUCACAUAAAAUAUACAGGAAGCAUGGGAUUAAAUUCUAACAAAGGCUUAAAUUUGUCAACGGUGGUUAUGCAUGGGACGGAGGUGUAUUUGGAAAACGAGUGGAGCUGGGAUAGCACAAACAGACUUCCACAGCUGCUGGGGAAGGUGGGACAAGAAAUAAAGGUAGGGUGCAGGGUAAUUAAUGGAUCCACUCACCAACGAGUAACUCAAAUCUCUGUAACUGAAGUAAAAACUAAGAAAAACCAGAAAAAAAACUGUGCUGUGGAAAAAUUGGACUGUUGGUGCAAUUUUACUUUGGUCCAGCCAGUCUUUGUGGUCUGCCUCUGGGCCCACAACAGCGUGGGGCUGUCCUUUAAAUUCAAGAUUAGCACCACGACACGCUCCUUUGCUGCUGUUAAGAUCUCAAAGUGCCAUUUUUUGGCCUGGCAUGCAGCCCAAUACGCUGAAGUUGGCAACCAGGUAAAACUGGAAAUUAAAUACUCCCAAGAAAGUAUAACUGAUCCGAUGCAAACUGAUGGCACCACCGUGACUAUCGCUGCCCCUAACGGCCACAAGUGGGUCGUGCCAGUAAACUGCCUCCGCGAGAGCAAAACGCUUAAUAGAUCUGAAUUAGGUGCGGAGGCUUCAUGGUAUAAUCAGGAUUACGGACGCUGCCCACACCUGGUCAUAAACCUCCACGUAUGGUGUCGAGGAAACCUGAGGGUAGAAAUGUCCCCUGAGCUUGGAGGAAAGUGGUGGAUAGAGGGCCCUGAAGGAUUUAAAAGGGAGUUUACCAUCAUUGCUGUCUUGCGCCCUUUUGUUUCCAAAAUAGGCCCCUAUGUAGUCAAGCAAAAUCACAUCCAAGAGCUGUUGACCGGGCCUGUCCGAUCACUGAAGAAGGUGGUGUUGUCCCUGUCCACCGUUAACAUUUCGUCCGUCAGACCGCAUUGUACCCCCUUCCUAUCCACCCUCAACACUGGCUGGCUGGCUUGGCUCCACAGCCGCUCCAUCCAGGGGACCCGGGCCAGAAGAGACCUGCUGGCCACAGCGCUGGGAGGAGGAGGCGCCGGGCUGGGAGUCCUCAACAGCAUGAAUGUUGAGGUCUUGGCCAACAAGUUGGAGGCUGUCACGUCGGGCAUGCAGGGCCUCCUCAACCCCCUGAAUUCAUCCCUGGCCAGCCUUGGGAUGGGGCAGUGGCUCGUGUCAGAGGUGUUGCCCACUUGGGAACAAAUAAGCGAGAAAGACCACCAGGUGCUGUUGCGAGCACUGGGCAUCGAACAAAAUAACAUCUCUCUUGCUCUUAGUUGCAUCCAGGCCCAGAUGUGGGUGCAGAGUGUCGUUGCAGGUAUCCUGAGAGACGGUGACAACGGCGUCCUCCCCACCGAGAUCCGAAAGAUUGUGUGGGACGCGGCCACAGAGAAGGAGCGGCAGCUCCAAGCCUGGUGGAGGCUCGUCAACUUCACCCAUGACCAGGUCCUCAACGCAGUCAUCGCCCACGUCCUGACUGUGGCAGAGGCUCGCAUCGAAAAGGUCUACCCCAUCGUGGCCCUGGGGGUUAACACAAACGGGUCCGUGGUCUACCCCCUGGACCACCGCAUGUGGGCGAGGGUGUCUGAUGGGAAGUGGCAAUCGGUAGAUUUGGAAGCCUGCAUUUUGGAAAGGGGGCUGGGAUUCAUAUGCGAAGAUGAUGCCCUUAAGGCGAGUGACGUUUGCUUUGACACCAAAGAAGGGGUGUGUCAUUUUGAGAUCAAUCCCCAGAGCAGUAAUAAAACCGUGUUAGCGUAUGUGGGGAAAGGGUGCGUGUGUUUUAGAACGAUGUGUAAAUACGUGCAAAUUAAUGAAAUUUAUAAUCAGACCGUGUUUAAUGACUCGAAUAUGUGUGCUUGCAAUGUAGCUAUUAUUAGAGGCUGUGAUUUUGUGUAUAAACCGCCCGUGUUUACUAGCCAGUUACUAAUCAGAAACUAUACCUUGUAUCGUAGUAUAACCCCAACCCCCAUCGGUAUGGAUUUGUCACUUGUAAAAGAAAUGUUAGAGCAUGCAAAUUUACAGCAGCUGUUAGAAAAUGCUAAGGCAGAAGCUAAAAAGAUUCUGAUAACUGUACAUCAUGAUGGUAAUGUUAUAAAACAGGUAAUGGAACGAAUUAAGAGGGUGGGAGAACACCACUGGUGGGAAAUUUUCUUCGGCUGGUCCCCCACGGCCACCGGUAUCUUCAACACUCUGCUGCACCCCAUUGUAGUUAUUCUGCUAAUGCAAAUCUGCGUGUGCUUUGCCAUGGUAGCGACUUGUUACUGGAUGAGGCAGGUGAAGCUCUGCAUUGACAACCAGGUGAAAGGACUGGGGCUGGCCAAGCGCCUCCUACCAUAGUCAAGGGCAAGACUGGGUUGGCCUCUGUGUUUGCCACCAAGAAGAACUUUAAGCUCCGCUGUUGGCUGCAACCCAGUAGGCGUUGAGCGGUGGGGACACACGCCAUACCAGACCUUGAUGUGAGGGAUGGCCUCCUCUGUUAUAAGAGGGCCAUCCAGGAGGGGAGGGCAGGCCAAGCAGCCUGUGGUUGGCAUGAAUCAUAGAAUGGUUGAGGUUGGAAGGGACCUCUUGAGAUGAUCUAGUCCAACCCCCCCUGCUUAAGCAGGGUCACCUAGAGCAGAUUGCCCAGGACUGUGUCCAGUUGGGUUUUGACUAUCUCCACAGAUGGAGACUCCACAACCUCUCUGGGCAAACCUGUUCCAGUGUUUGAUCACCCUCACAGUAAAAAAGCAAGAGUUAGCAUAAGUAACUUGUCUUUGAACCUCUCAUCCCCAAAUGCUAAUGGGAAGAAGCUGCUCUUGUGUGAUUUAAGACUCCUUAAGCAGAGGAGAAAGGGAUAAGGAAAGCCAAGGACAGUGUCUUUGGAAGGAAAGAGAUGGGAACGUAAUGCCUAAGCGUGGAAAAGCACCCACUGAAGAUGGCAGAGGUGUUAUCAGCCUCAAAGACUUGGAAAGACGAUAAAAGAUGAGCAGAAUGAAAGACCCUGUAAUCACCUUGGACUUAAAGGAGCUGAAUCCACAUGGACCUUUGCAGCAACUAUCUCCAGGUUCCCGAGACUCCCAGGACGUCUGGCCAACGGACUGGUGAGAUCUUGUUUUUGGAGCCUGGACAUCACCGCUUUGCUUUGCCUAGUUGUGCAUGUACUCAAUAAAAUGUGUCUGUCAGAG